AUUCAAUUCUCCAGCAAACUUGUCUUUUUAAUUUCUAUAUUUUGUUCUUGUUGCCCACAUCGCCUCUGCUCACCACAGCUAUCAAUUUCUUUUCAGCGCUGAAAUGGAAGAAGAGAGAACCCAAUUGUCUUCCACCAUACUUGUUUCCAAAGAUCCCAGUGAAUCAAUCAACAUCUUAAAUUCCAGAAUCUUAGAAUCAAAGGCUCUUAACAAUGAAAUUGGUUCCUUUUUGUUUGACUACAUUGCACUAAACCAACACUAUGCUAGUCGCUUAAUGAAGUUAAUGGAAUCGAAGGGAAAAAAUAUAAAUUCAAAUGUUCAUAAAUAUAUCAUCAAGGAAUCUGCGGUGAAUCCUCAAUUCAAGGGGAACUUGUUUCUCAAAGACAAAAACCUCAACGACAAAAAUCCUAAUAACAGUGAAAAUAAUGAAAAUGGCAGUGAAUAUGAGAAUGAAAAUGAAAAUAAAAAUGAUGACAAUAAUAAUAAUUCUAAUUUGCCUGAUCAUUUGGGUAAUUUUAAAUCUAUUUGGGACUCCAUCUUAUAUGAAAUUAACUCUGAAAUCGAUUCAAAUAAAAAUCUAAUUAAAAACUUAAAUAGAAUUAUAAUAAAACCUUUAAAAAAUUCAUUCAAUCCAACUAAAAAUAAUUAUUACCACGAUAUAUUAUCUCAAUUAAAUAAAAUAAAACAUAAUUCAGUAACUCGCAAUGAUUUGAACUAUUUCAAUGAAAAUUCUCUUAUUUUUUUUGAAAAUUUUGAAAAAUUCGAAUAUAACAGAUUAAUCUUUUUAAAAGAUUUACUUUUGCAACUUCAAUCCAAUUUAAAUGAUAAAUAUACUCUGAAUUUGAAAAAUAAUGAAAAGAUUUUUGAAAAUUUAGUAUCCUUUAACCCUGACGAUGAAAUUAAAAGAUUUUCUUUAAAUCCAAUUGGUGAACAAAAUGAUUCUAAAAAUGAUAUUAUACCAAACAUUAAUAACCAAUCUGAUAGUCCAAUCAACACUACUACCAAUAAUAACAAUAAUAACAAUAAUAUUUUUAAUAACAAUGUCAACAACAGUACUAAUGACAUUAAUAAAGAACAUCCUCAUAGAAAGUUGCAUUCUUUAAUACAUCAUUCUUCAAACAAUUAUAAUACAUCACCAAUUGCAAAUACAACUCCAAAUUCAAACCCAAUGACAUCCUCCUCUUUUGAAAGAUCUUCAAAUGAUAACCACAUUUUAAUUACAAAUUCUCCAUCAAAGGAUAAAAAACACAAAUUAAGAUCCAGAGUUGGCUCUAUCUUUAAUAGAUCAAAAUCAAAGAAAUUCAUAAAUAACAAUCAAAACAAUAAUUUUUCAACUCAAGCAAAAUCAAAGUUCUCUUCUGAUUUCGAGCCUUUACCUGAGGUUCAAUCUACUCACUCUUCAGCAAUUGUCCUAUCCAAAAGGGUAAAUAACAAUACUAAUAAUACUAAUGGCAACAACAACAUUGAUGCUUAUGAUAACCUAAAAGAAGUUUCAAAAUCAAGUCUUGAUCUCCCCGAAUCUAAAGUCCCAAGUUCAAAUCCAGCUCUUAACACUAAUAAAGAAAAUAACAAAAGUAUUACCCCUGCUCUAAUUCCAUCAAAACCAAAAUUAAAUGACAGAAAUUUCAGUUUUAGUUCAAGUCCAUCUUCUCCAGAUGAUGAUUUUGCAACUUCAUCAAUACCUUUGCCAUUUCAUCCAUCUCAACCUCCACCUCCACCUCCACCUCAAUCUCAAUCUCAAUCUCAAUCUCAAUCGAGCCAACCUUUGGUUUCUAAAAAUUCAAACUCUGAUUUACCUGAUCCUAGAAACUCAAAACCUUUUCAAUCUUUAACAGAUUCUUCUCUUGCCCGCCCUUCAUCAUCAAAUUAUCCUUCCAGUAUUGAUGAAAAUUUAAAAUCGGCAAGUUCAGUAACACUACCAAAUAAGAAUAAUACCAGAAACGAUAAAAACAAUAGUUCAGAGAGCGAUAUUUUCAAUGAUACCAAUAAGACCUCUGGCCCUCCUUUGAUUCAAGUUCAAGUUCAGCCUCCACCACCUCCACCUGUAAGGAGAUCUUAUUUACAUAGCGAAAGUGGAAAUCAAAGUAUAAACCAAAGUUCAAAUUCAAAUUCAACUCCAUCUUCUCCCGUAAACAAUCCAGUUUCAAGUAGAAACAUCGUGACUGAGAGUGAUAACGUAAAUGGUAAUGACAAACAUAAUGACAAUGACGAUUUACCUACAGAUUUACCAAAAUUAACUCCCAAAGUUCCAUCAACUCGCAGAAAAGAUAUUGUCUCAAAAUUAUUCACAAACUUGACCGAAGCCGAUCUUGAUACUCAAGGCAAAUCUUCUUUUGACACCAGCAGUAUCAAUAAUGCUAAAAGUCUCAGUACACCUCAAUCUCAAAAAUUAACUACAAGGUCGAGCAACACUUUUGGUUCCUUAACCCCAAAUAGGAAGUACUUUGAUAACAAUGAUUCAAUUUCAUUGGUGUCUCAGCAGAGAACAGAUUCUCGUGCAACGAGUUUAAAGGCUGAUUUGACUGGAAAUUUAUUGAAUAACGGUUUUACUCAUCCAGAUUUAAGUGUCCCAGGGCUAAACGCCAGUAUUUUAGAAGUCUUUUCUGCGACUUUCAAAAAUGGAGUCUUAGAAUCCUCCAAGACAAUUGGCCAAAUUGCGUUCACUUAUAUAAGAGAGCCUUUAAAUCAAUUACCAAGUAAUUCUUUAUUGAAAUUAAAGUUGGAUCCUAAAAUCCAGAAAAUUGUUCCCAAUGCAGUAUUUUUAAGACCAAUAAAUACUUCCAACAACCUGCAAGAUGAUGAUAGCAACCAUAAUUAUCUCUAUAAUUUGAAUACUUUGCAAGUUUCUUCAAGAAUCGUCGGAGGCUUAAAAUACAUGUUAUUAAAUCAGGAAUCUCCAAUCAUUUUAACACCAAUUUGGAGAUUUGAAAGUCAUCAAGCUAGUUGUAUGCUAACAAUAAAAUUAAGCCAUAAGAUUGUUUCAAAACUAGAUGAUACUACCUCUAUUAUUUUGAAUGAUUUUGGUGUUUCUUUGUCAAUAGAGGGUACGGAAACAACAUCUGCUUUUUCAAAGCCUCAAGGGUCAUUCAAUAAAGAUAAAAAGAGAAUUACCUGGAAAUACAAGGAACCUUUGACACUAAGCAGAACACAUCAACAAGAAAGAAUUAUCGCAAGGUUUAUGACUGAAGGAAUGGCCAGAGAAUCUUCUUCUGGCUGCCAAGCCAAGUUCUUGAUAGAUAGUAAUGAAAGCACUUCCUUAUGUUGUGCUGAUAACAACCUUUUCUAUCAAAAUAUUGAUGAUGAUAUAUUUGGACAAAACAGUGACAACGAUCCAGAAACUUGGAAAGUUGUUAAUACUGCUAAAACAUUUAUUUCCGGCAGUUUUAUUUUUGGUUAAUUUUUUUUUUUUUU